UGUUUUUAUUAUAUGUUUGUUGCUAUUAAUUAAUGAAACGUUAAUGUUUUUAUUUAAAAGUAGACUAAGUGUUCGUUUUUAACUUGUGGGAUAGUGAUUUAACUCGAGUUUCAUCAUGGAUGUCGCCGACACCUAUGCUACACAAAGCCAAGUGAAAGACGAAGUCGGAGUUCGUUGCCAAAAGCUCUUCCAGGACUUUUUAGAAGAGUUCAAAGAAGACAAUGAAAUAAAAUACGAAAAACACGCUAAAGAGCUCCUUAAGCCUGAAUUAAGCACACUAGAAGUCAGCUUUGAUGAUGUUGAGAAAUACAACCAAAAUCUUGCAACUACAUUAAUUGAGGAGUAUUAUCGAAUAUACCCAUUUAUUAAUCAAGCCAUUCUGAAUUAUGUGUUGAGCCUUGCUGAUGCCGGCAUGAAAAAGGACUUGCAAGGCAAGGAGUGCUACAUUUCCUUUGUGGAUGUGCCAACAAGACACAAAGUGAGAGAAUUGACUACAACCAAAAUUGGAACCUUGAUCAGAAUCUCAGGACAGAUUGUGAGAACGCAUCCGGUGCAUCCGGAGCUGGUCUCUGGAACGUUUGUGUGUUUGGAUUGUCAGACGGUGAUCAAAAAUGUGGAGCAACAGUUUAAGUACACCAUCCCCACCAUCUGCCGCAACCCUGUCUGUGCGAAUCGACGCCGGUUCAUGCUGGAUGCAGACAAGUCGGUGUUCGUGGACUUCCAGAAGAUCCGCAUCCAGGAAACGCAAGCCGAGCUGCCGAGAGGCUGCAUCCCGAGGUCCUUGGAAGUUAUAUUGAGAGCUGAGGCUGUGGAAUCUGUUCAGGCAGGAGAUCGCUAUGACUUCACAGGCACCCUGAUAGUGGUGCCGGAUGUGGGCUCUCUGUCCAUGCCUGGCGCUAAAGCUGAGCUGACGACACGGACAAGACAGAAUAAUGAGGGUCAGAUGGAGGGCAUCAAAGGUCUCAAGGCUUUGGGGGUCAGGGAACUGCAUUACAAAACGGCAUUCCUGGCGUGCAGCGUGCAAGCGAUUUCCCGGCGCUUCGGCACCGCGGAACUCGCCGCUGAUGACAUGACCACUGAAGACAUGAGGAAGCAGAUGACGGACAAGGAAUGGGAUAAGGUAUACGAGAUGUCUAGGGAUCGCAAUUUGUACAACAACCUGAUUGCCAGCCUGUUCCCGAGUAUCCACGGCAACAAUGAAGUCAAACGGGGCAUUCUUUUGAUGCUGUUCGGAGGAGUCGCCAAGACCACCAUUGAAGGCACAACUCUCCGAGGCGACAUAAACGUGUGCAUCGUGGGCGACCCGAGCACAGCGAAGUCUCAAGUCCUGAAGCAAGUCAGUGAGAUCACUCCGCGAGCCGUGUACACCAGCGGCAAAGCUUCGUCAGCAGCCGGUCUCACUGCAGCUGUGGUCAAGGACGAAGAAUCGUUUGACUUCGUAAUAGAAGCUGGCGCGCUCAUGUUGGCGGACAACGGCGUGUGCUGCAUCGACGAGUUCGAUAAGAUGGACUUGGCUGACCAAGUCGCCAUCCACGAGGCUAUGGAGCAGCAGACCAUCUCCAUCGCCAAGGCCGGAGUUCGAGCCACCCUAAACGCGCGCACAUCCAUCCUCGCGGCCGCAAACCCCAUCGGCGGCCGGUACGACCGCGCCAAGUCCCUCCAACAAAACGUGCAACUGUCCGCACCCAUCAUGUCCCGCUUCGAUCUAUUCUUCAUACUUAUAGACGAGACCAGCGAGAUGGUCGACUACGCUAUCGCGAGGAAGAUUGUGGAUCUGCAUUGCAAUAAAGAAGAAAGUUACGAUUGUGUGUAUUCUAGAGAAGAUCUGCUGAGAUAUAUUGCGUUUGCUAGGAGCUUCAAGCCUAUUAUUACCGAGGAUGCAGGCAAGCUCCUGGUGGAGUACUACACGACGCUGCGGCAGCGCGACUGCGGCGGCGCGUGGCGCAUCACGGCGCGGCAGCUCGAGUCCAUGAUCCGCCUCGCCGAGGCGCUCGCCAAGAUGCACUGCAGCGGACACGUGCAGCCGCGGCACGUGCAGGAGGCACACAGAUUGCUGAAUAAAUCCAUCAUCCGAGUAGAACAACCCGACAUCCAUUUGGAUGAGGAUGAACCCCAAUACGAGCCUAGCAUGGACCUCGACCAGGACCUACCCAACUGUACUAAUGGUACAACAGAGACGCCAGUCAACGGAGACUCGGGCAAGAAAAAGCUAACGCUGUCCUUCGAGGAAUACAAAACGCUCAGCGACAUGCUCGUCGUGUUCAUGAGGAAGGAAGAGGCUGAGGCGGAAACCAGAGGCGAAGAAAGCUCAGGCAUGAAAAAGAGCGCCGUGGUCAGCUGGUACCUAGAGCAGCUGGUGUCACAGGGAGCCAUAGAAGACGAGGACGAACUUCUAGAACGGAAGACGCUGGUCGAGAAGGUCAUCGACCGGCUCAUGUACCAUGACCAAGUGAUAAUCCCGCUGUCCACCACCGGUCUCAAGAGCACACAGAAGUCCGCGACAGAGCAAGAGGUGGAAGACGAUCCGCUGCUGGUCGUGCACCCUAACUAUGUCGUCGAUACGUGAUAGUGUUACUU